GUUUCUCGAGCGCGACAAUGCCGCAGGUGCAGCAGAGCUUGUCCCUGGAGAUGGUACGCUUUGACUCCUAAUCUUCUUCAUCUGUGCAUGUAGUUAGAUGCUUUCUGUGGCCUUCCUAGAGCAGAAGUUUUGUUCUGUGGCAAGCAACAACUAAAAGAAACUGCGCUCUUUUGCAACACUUAGCUCAUACUCACGUAAGCGCGCGCGUCACUUAAAUGCUGGUCGACAUUUUAGCAAUUUGCAAUGCAGGACUCGAUACUUCCGUAGCAGGACGAGCAUAUUUGUGGCAUGCAAUUUUGCGCGCUCUUCAUUAGACUGAAACCCUUUCACAGAUAAACCAUUCGAGAACCGCCUCCAAUGGCGCCUGCAGUAGUAGCACCUCUGUCGGCGGCAAAGAGUGCGGGAACUUUACCAUCGGGCUGAACUCCUCGUGUCCACUCUGCCUGACCAGCGCCAACAAAACGAACAUCGUGGACUUUUGCGGGAAGCAUGGGAACUUCUAGGAGUUGAAAAAAGUUGACUUUCAUCAUGAGAACUACCUAGCCGAGCUCUGGGAGGAGGUGAUGCGAAGUUGACGCUGAGAGACUCGCCUUACAGUACACGAGUGGACUUUAUUGCAUUGCAAUGCUUUACUCAAAGCAAGAGGACCAAGUCCUGCUUGUUCUGCGUUGAUGAAGAAAGGACCAGGCCCAGCUCCAGCUCUUAGUGAAGAAAGGCAGCCAUUUUGCUUCCCAUACACUUACCCCCUUCGCCACCACCGUCGCGAGCACUACGACGAAAGGCCGCUACCAUAUCAAAUGCAAAAGUGUCUGGGUCUGGAAGAUUCUGACUUGUGACGCUGUCUCUGGAUUCCAAAAAGAUUUGUAUUGCAUGGCCAGCAAGAGGACUCCAUUUCGUGCUACGCAGGGAGGGCGUUUGUCAUGCGCAAUAGGCAUCAGGGAGGUUCAGCAAGUUCAUGCAUAACAGACAUCAUGCAAAAUAUGCAUGACAAACCCGGCAACAUUCCAGACCCAGACAUUUUUACAUUUGAUAUACCAUGACGCCGUGCAAAACAUCCGGGAGUCUCUGGAGAACUCGGACAGUCCGAUUGAGGAUGGGGAGAAGAACGGCACCACGACGACCAAGAAGCUCCCGCAGGGCAUCAAGAGGCGCCGGAGCUAUCGAAUGCGAACUAUGUCGGUGUCUUGGGAGAGGUUGUGGAGCUGUGAAGAUGCGCAGAAGUACAAAUGAAAUACAGAAAUACUUUUAUGCAUGAAGCGGACGAGACAACGAGAUGUCGUUCGAUUUGUCAUGAGCCAGGACGCAGUCAAGCGGUAGGCCGCUGUCGGCUGCAGUAUCUGUGACGCUGCUGGUGGGGCGUAAAGAGCUAGGGGCCGCAGUGGCUGAUAUGCACUUUUCCAUGCCCCGACUCCGACACGCACGCACUUCAUAGCUGCAGAACCAGUAAGGAGGCCACUGGGGUGCGGGACACAACGCGGUGAUUUUCAUUUGUUUCUUUACUGAGGAAAAAUUUCGAAUGUAGUACUACUAUUGCCACAAGAAAAAACUACCGUCGAAAAAAAUACCAAGCAAAUCUAACGAAAACAAAAACAGAUGAUGUACAAGUACAGGGCUGAUAUUGAGUAAGUUGAACACAUAUACACAAAAAUGAUUUGGGCUACGAUAGCGAAAUCCAUAGAUAAACGAACUUGGGCUACGAUAACACAUUGAACGAGCUGCGUGCUGCCAGUGGACAAUAAAUGCAAUUGAUCAAUUGCCAUUCAGCGCAAAGGGCUGUUUGAAAUAAAAACCUGGCAAGGAGCACCAUGAUGAAACGGAAACAAAUCACAGGAGCUACAUAAAAAUACAUAAUGCACAUGUUAUCGAAAACUACCUUCUGCCACUUUGUUAUAUAUCCGAAGAGCAGUCGAC